AAACACAACAAAAUAUCUCGAUUAUCGUUGUCCAAGAUGCUUCAACGGACCAGAAGACAUUACACAUCUGCUAAUCUGUAUUCGGAAUAACCUACGUCUAACAACUCUAAUUACUCAAGUAGUACAAGAAACCUUCCGGAAAUUAGAGAUACCUCAUCUUGGUUUGGAUACCUUUAUUAAAAGUUUCAUCAACCUCCAUAUUAACAAAAAAAUGCCCCUUGGGAUAAUCACCGAUGAAACACUAGCACCCUUUGAGAAGAACAAGG